AUGUCUGACCCCUUGCAGCCGCCACUGACUGAUUUCGUUUUUACAGCAGAAGAGGAAGAAGCCGUUGAAUUUGCAUUGACCACCAGUAAGCCCUGGAAGCAUGAGCAUGACGACCUCAAGGGUGUAAGGGCUGUCUUGGUCGCCUUGAAGGAUAGAUGCUGCUACUGUCGUAUGAAUCUUCACGGCGGAGGCAGUUUCAUCGUUGAUCGUGAACAUAUCGUCCCCAAGGAUAAAUACCGCGACCUAACCUACGUUAUUUCCAACCUUUCUGUUGCCUGCAAACGGUGCAACAUGCAAUUCAAAAAGGAUGACGUGGGGUUUCUCAUAAGUCGCGACACCAUUCUCACUAAUCACGGCUCAAGCGAUCAAUAUCGGUUCAUCCAUCCAAAUUUUGACAAAUACAGUCAGUUCAUCAAAAAAAUAAGCUAUGAGGAAGGUGACCAAGCCUACGUUAAAUACACAAAAACGGACCAUCCCAAGGCCGAAUAUACAUACUCCUAUUUCGACUUGCGAGCCUUGGAAGUGAAUAGCUUCGAUCAGGGUCAGGGCAUUGAUACUUCAAGCAAUUUGCGAAAAGCUCUAUUCUCCCUAGCAGUGGCCUACACUAAGGACUCCAAGUCGGCUGUGCGAGGAGUAUGCCGAGAACGCAAGCAAUCGCCUCGGGUUUUCAACCAAAUUCUCGGAACCAAGGCGUUGCAACCUUCUAUUGUCAGUGAGAUGCUACUCAGAUCGGCUCCCACAGCCGUGUCUGAUAUGAAUCUCCGAAACCGAAGUAUUACUGGUGGAGUUCUGAGUCUGCGCUGGAUCAGGAAGCCCAGUAGCCUGCGGAUU